CGUGGCCGCGGCGCGGGUCACGAGAACAAACACCGGGCGGCCGAGCUUCCCGGGCCGGUCGGUCUGCCGGGGGCCAUGGCCAACGUGUCCAAGAAGGUGUCGUGGUCCGGCCGCGACGCAGACGACGACGAGGCAGCGCCGCUGCUGCGGAGGACGGCGCGGCCCGGGGCGCCGGCCGGCGAGAGCACNCCCCUCUUGGGAGGAAGCUCUGGGCCGGGUGACUGCCGGCAAUCACCACGUUCAGCAUUUUUCCGGAUUGGACAGAUGAGCAAUGUGGAACUGGACGAUGAGCUGCUCGACCCAGAGAUGGACCCCCCUCACCCUCUCCCCAAGGAGAUCCCACACAACGAGAAGCUCCUGUCCCUCAAGUAUGAGAGCUUGGACUACGACAACAGUGAGAACCAGCUGUUCCUGGAGGAGGAGAGGCGCAUCAACCACACGGCCUUCCGGACGGUGGAGAUGAAGCGCUGGGUCAUCUGUGCGAUGAUCGGGAUCCUCACGGGCCUCGUGGCCUGCUUCAUCGACAUCGUGGUGGAGAACGUGGCCGGUCUAAAGUACAAGGUCGUCAAGGACAAUAUCGACAAGUUCACGGAGAGGGGCGGGCUCUCCUUCUCCCUUCUGCUGUGGGCCACGCUGAACUCCGCGUUCGUGCUAGUGGGCUCUGCGAUCGUCGCCUUUGUGGAGCCGGUCGCCGCUGGCAGCGGGAUCCCACAGAUCAAGUGCUUCCUCAACGGGGUAAAGAUCCCCCAUGUGGUCCGGCUCAAGACCCUCGUGAUCAAAGUGUCCGGUGUGAUCCUGUCCGUGGUGGGUGGACUGGCAGUGGGAAAGGAGGGGCCGAUGAUUCACUCGGGCUCUGUGAUCGCCGCCGGGAUCUCCCAGGGGAGGUCAACGUCGUUGAAGCGAGAUUUCAAGAUCUUCGAGUACUUCCGCAGGGACACGGAGAAGCGGGACUUUGUCUCUGCGGGAGCCGCAGCCGGCGUGUCUGCUGCAUUCGGAGCCCCCGUGGGUGGGGUCCUGUUCAGCUUGGAGGAGGGCGCCUCCUUCUGGAACCAGUUCCUGACGUGGAGAAUAUUCUUUGCUUCCAUGAUUUCCACGUUCACCCUGAAUUUUGUCCUGAGCAUUUACCAUGGAAACAUAUGGGACCUCUCCAGCCCAGGGCUCAUCAAUUUUGGAAGAUUUGACACAGAGACGAUGGUGUACACGAUCCAUGAGAUUCCUAUCUUCAUCGCCAUGGGCGUGGUGGGUGGUAUUCUUGGGGCCGUGUUCAAUGCUUUGAAUUACUGGCUGACAAUGUUUCGAAUCAGGUACAUCCACCGGCCCUGCCUCCAGGUGAUUGAGGCCAUGCUGGUGGCUGCGGUCACAGCCACGGUCGCCUUCGUGCUGAUUUACUCAUCCCGAGACUGUCAGCCCCUGCAGGGGAGCUCCGUGUCCUACCCUCUCCAGCUCUUCUGUGCAGAUGGCGAGUACAACUCCAUGGCCGCUGCUUUCUUCAACACCCCGGAGAAGAGCGUGGUCAGCCUCUUCCAUGACCCCCCAGGCUCCUACAAUCCCAUGACGCUCGGCCUCUUCACCCUGGUCUACUUCUUCCUGGCCUGCUGGACCUACGGGCUGACGGUGUCCGCCGGUGUCUUCAUCCCGUCCCUGCUCAUUGGGGCUGCCUGGGGCCGGCUUUUCGGCAUUUCCCUGUCCUACCUUACGGGGGCCGCGAUCUGGGCAGACCCUGGCAAAUAUGCCCUCAUGGGAGCAGCUGCCCAGCUGGGUGGGAUCGUGAGGAUGACCCUCAGCCUGACGGUCAUCAUGAUGGAGGCCACCAGCAACGUGACGUACGGCUUCCCCAUUAUGCUGGUCCUGAUGACCGCCAAGAUCGUGGGGGACAUCUUCAUCGAGGGCCUGUACGACAUGCACAUCCAGCUGCAGAGUGUGCCCUUCCUGCACUGGGAGGCCCCCGUCACCUCUCACUCGCUCACUGCCAGGGAGGUGAUGAGCACGCCGGUCACCUGCCUGCGGAGGAGGGAGAAGGUGGGCGUCAUCGUGGACAUACUCAGCAACACGGCGUCCAAUCACAACGGGUUCCCCGUGGUGGAGUUCGCUGGCGACACCCAGCCUGCGCGGCUUCAGGGCUUGAUCCUGCGCUCCCAGCUGAUCGUCCUGCUGAAGCACAAGGUGUUCGUGGAGCGCUCCAGCAUGGGCCUGGUGCGGCGGCGUUUGAGGCUCAAGGACUUCCGAGAUGCCUACCCGCGCUUCCCACCCAUCCAGUCCAUCCACGUGUCGCAGGACGAGCGCGAGUGCACCAUGGACCUCUCAGAGUUCAUGAACCCCUCCCCCUACACCGUGCCCCAGGACGCGUCCCUCCCGCGGGUGUUCAAGCUGUUCCGGGCCCUGGGCCUUCGACAUUUGGUGGUGGUCGACAACUGCAACCAGGUGGUUGGACUGGUGACCAGGAAGGACCUGGCCAGGUACCGGCUCGGGAAGGGGGGCCUGGAGGAGCUCUCCCUGGCCCAGACGUGAGGCCCUGGCCCCUCCCUGGGGCCCCCACCUCGCUCCCCGGGGAAGCAGUGGAUCCAGUGUCCCCCAGUCCUCGGGACGUGUGUGUGUGUCUGUGUGUUCGUGCGCGUGCGAGAGCGAGCAAGCCACCCCCCCCCAGGCGGGGCCCCCUGCUGCUCCCGUGCUGUCUGCUCCCCUGCGGGCCAGCCCAGGAGCACCACACCGUCUGUGCUUCACCUGCUGGGGCCUGGGGGGCGCACAGCUGCCGCAGAGGCCCGUAGCCUUGUCCCUUCGACUCCCGUCUGCGGCCUUGAGGUGACAGGCCUGUACCUGGAGGCAAGGGCCUUGGGGAGCAGACGUGGCAGCUGGCUCUAGAAGGAAGCCAGCUGUGUCCCAGACUUUCCACGUGGUCCUCCGGGGUCUUCGCCAGAGAGAGAGCUGAGAACCAUCGUGGUCCUGAACACUUCCAUCACCCUGACGUCCAGACCGACGGCUGUUGCCCGUGUGCACUGAGAGACUGGCAUUCCUAAGCAGGGGGGUUUCCACUGGCCUCCGAGGACUGCUGGCCCAGGGCCACCUUCUGGGGCAGCUCUGGUACUGGUCCUGGGGCAGGUGGGCUCUGGGAUGGGCCAGUGAGCCUGGAGCAAGGAUGCUGUCAUCCUCCCCGCCGGUGUCCUGUGUCCCUGGGGCCCCAGGGGACCUUUUCUGGAGGUGAUUCCCUGGCCUGCUCCUGAGACAAGCCUGCACAGUUGCCAUUGUGGCGGCGUGGGGGCAGUUCUCCUUGGUUUGGGCCCCUUUCAAGGGAGUGGGGCCAUGAAAAGCCAGUCCAUUCCUGGUGGGAACCGUCUGGGGGAUGCAGGGUGACGAGUUGGGGGGGCUCUGGAAGAGAGAAAUAAAGGAAUCGUACCCUGAUGACCAGCACCGGCUCCCUGGUUCCUGCCCAGCACAGGCCACGGUCCAGCUGUCGGGGGUUUGCGGGGCCGCUGAGUAGGGGGCUUCCUGGAUGGGGGUGCCUUGAUCGUCCUGGGAGGGGACGGAGGCAGGAAACCCAGAAACCCAAGUGAGGGGGCAGUUGUGGCCAGCACACGUCUGUGGGAUAUGCUGGUCUCGGUCGGGACGCCACUCUGGGCCACGAGGGGUGUAAUGUGGUCCCCAGACCGGGGCUGACUUCAGAGCAGUCGCCUUGUCCUGGGGAGACCCCGGUCAGCCCUCGGUGGGAGGAGCUGGGUGAUCAGACGUGGGGAGCACGGGUCCACGCAGGCCUGAUGCAAACUGGGGAGCACAAGGCCGGGCUUGGAAGACCUGGUGUGGCAAAGCAGGGGCGUCACGGUUCAUGUUGAUGACAUGUCGAACCGAGCACGCGGUCCCCAUGUUGGGUUAAAUAAAACACUGGAAACUCGCA